AUGGAUUUCGAGGACUUUCUCAUUGAGUAUGACCUCACGGAAGCACAACUGCAGCUUGCCAAAAAGCUCAAAGCUGAAGCCAACUUCAGGCAGUUGCUCAAUGUUCUCGGGGAUCAUGCGCUGUUCUUCAGCCGCCAGUACGCCAAGAGACAGAAACCCGAGAAACCCGAGAAAGAGGGGCGGAGAAGCGAGGUGCUGGGGUGGUUCGCUUCUCUAUCAGUGGAGGAGCGAUUGGCCGUGCUCAGUUGCAACGAGGAGGGUUGGGUGCAGGCGGUGUUGAAGAUGAACAGCCAUGUGACCGCUGGAGGUGCACAAAGGCAAGGCCACUUCAAGGUGACUUUGAAACCUGCUCCCAAUAGUCGGCGGCAAGGGGGUACUUCUUCGACGCGACCUAACAGAGAGGUCAAGGUCCACUACCGUCGACCUCACAGGCUGCCUGAUGGUGAAGUGCUAGCGCCACCAGCAACCACGGCCUUUCGACAAGCAGCGACGCGACUGAGUCGCCAUCUUCGGGUAGAACUGCGAUCGACCUCUGUGGCGAUCGACUGGGGUGCCAUCGUGCCAUCGCCUGGCCUUCUGUCUGAUAGCCAGGCCUUCAUCGGCCUCAUGGACGAGAUCUCGCUUGGAAGGUUUCUUCAGGAGGAGCCUGGCAAAGCACAGUGGACACCAUGGGCUGAAGCGAGCUGGCUGGGGCAAUGGGGUAGCCACUUUCCUUUGGCUGCCUUUCUUGCUUCCCGACUUGAGGUGUUGCUUUUUCAAGGAUAUGCCUCACGCUUGCAGGACCCUGUGCGUCCUGCAAUCUUGCCAUUGGCAGAGGUGUGGGCUUCGAUGCCGCAGCAGCAGAGGGAGAUAUCCUGGGCACGCCUUGGUCGAUGUUUGCUGCGACGGCUCCUGUCAGAGACUUUGGCCUCGGCGUUUCAUGAUGCAGGUCUUGCUUUGACCCUAGCACUGGUUGCAGCACAAGACUGUGAGACAGGUACCGAUGCUUCUCUAGCGUUCGUUCAGCUGGGACAGGAGCUGGUGAAAGCCCCGAAGGUCCCGAUGCCGAUGGCCGCGCCUGCAACGCAAGCGCCAAAGGUCGCGCGGAAACCUUUGGUGCACGUUCCAAGGAAUUUCGGUGGUCUCAAGAAAGCAGGUGAAGCUGCAGAGGCCGAGGCGAUCUCCAAGGGAAUCCAAGCACUGGCGCGAUAUAUCUUUGACAGUCUCGCUUACACCAUGCCAGUGACGCAGGCUUUGAAAGCUGUUUCAAGGGUUCAGAUCCCAGUCGAAGAUGUGAUGCUAUGGCGAUCCCUUACUGACGAAACUUAA